UUUAGUUCAGUUAACUUAUUAAAGUAGCAAGCUUCGCUACUUUAAAACUUAGUAGAAAUUCAUUAUAUAAUUAGAGUAUGUGUAAACCACUUAUAAUAAUUCUAUUUUUUUUGUAUUUACAUCUUGUUAAAUGUGAUAAAUUAUGCCAGAAACGCCUUACAAGUGAUGGCUCAAUUUGUGUUUGUAAUUCGUCAUAUUGUGAUACUGUACCUCAUCUCGUCAAAGAUAUGAAACCUGGAAAAUAUCAACUUUAUUCAACAAGCAAAGAAAGUAUUGGAUUUACAAGCACUUUGGGCAACUUUUUAAAUAAAGAUGAACACCAAACAGAUAUAGAUAAUGUACUAACAAUAAAGAAUUUAGUAACUUUGAAUCAAACUAUUAUUGGUUUUGGUGGCGCUUUUACCGAUUCUGCAGGUAUAAAUAUCCUUAAGUUAUCAAAAAGAGUGCAAGAGCAAUUGCUGCAGUCAUAUUUUGGUGACGAAGGCGUUCAGUAUAGCGUUUGUAGAAUUCCUAUGGGUGGUACUGAUUUUUCCAUUAGAGGAUAUACGUAUUGUGAUCAAUGUAAUGAAAGCUUAGAUGGAUUUACUCUACAGGAAGAAGAUAUAAAGUUUAAGAUUCCGUUAAUUCAAAAAGCAACAAAAAUUCGCGGACGAAAUAAUAUUAAAUAUUUUGCAUCAGCUUGGACUGCUCCUACAUGGAUGAAAACUAGCGGAACUUUGACAGGAAAAGGCACGAUCAAAGAAAAAUAUUUGGACUUGUGGGCACAAUACUAUUUAAAAUUUGUGGAAGCGUACAGGGAUCAUGAUAUUAAUAUCUGGGGAAUUACUACACAAAACGAACCAGUGAAUGGAGUUGUUGGAAGUAAAAUUCCAGCCAAUGGAUUUACCUCUGGACAAAUGAUAAAAUGGAUAAGGGAUGCACUGGGUCCAGCCGUUAGGAACUCAUCUUUUAAAGAUCUGAAAAUAAUGUUACAUGAUGAACAAAGGAUCUUAUUACCAGUGCUAAAUUUGUUUAUUUUAUCGGAUAGUAAAGUACUGGAGUAUGCCGAUGGAAUCGCUGUGCAUUGGUAUACAGAUUUUAUUGCACCAGCAGCAACAUUAUUGCUAUCCACAAGUGAUAAGAAAAAUUUAUUCAGAUUAGCUUCUGAAGCAUGUGCAGGUUAUCGAGAGGAAGAACAACCAGUUGUAUUGGGCAGUUGGGAGAGAGCAGAAGAGUACUUAAAUAGCAUAAUGGAUGACUUAAGAUAUGGCCUUAGCGGAUGGGUUGACUGGAAUAUUGCCCUUGACGAGGAAGGUGGGCCCAAUUACGUCAAUAACAAUGUUGAUUCUCCUAUUAUAAUAAAUAGCACUGCCGAUGAAUUUUAUAAACAACCAAUGUUUUACGCCCUCGGUCAUUUCUCUAAAUUUCUGAUCUCUAAUUCGAUUAGAAUUGAUGUUGAAGUAUUUGGAAAAGAUCUAGACAGCUUGGGGUUUUUAAGGCCCGAUGGAAAAGUUGCUUUAAUUAUAAGAAACAGAUCAGAAAAUAGGAAGAAAAUACAACUGAAUGCCUUAGAAUUUGUUGGGUCAUUUACGGUAGACGCUCAUUCAAUAAAUACCGUGAUAUUUGUACCGAAAUAAUAAUUUACUUAACAAUGGAAUUCCCAGAAGACUUAUAUAUUUGAUUAUAAUUCAUGUAAAUGAUAAAUAAAUAUAUCAAAUUCUGCAUAUCA